AUGUCAAAUUCAAACUACAAUUUUACAAUUAAGUUUUUUCGUCCGACACAACGUCCUGUUGUUACUAAUAAUGGUCUUUUGGAUAGUCGUACUAAACGUAUAAUUGCUCAAGAUCGUCUUAUUAUAGCUGAACAACGAAUUCUUAAUGUUGAAAGACAAAAAUCAACUAGUAAUCUUCAAUUAUUAACAUAUGAACAAAAACAAUUAGAAAAAAAAUUAUUAUCACUUCAGAAUUCUAAUCAAUCUAUAGAAUUACGCCGACGUUCAAUUAGUGAAGGAAAUAUUCAUCAAACGGCUUCUCGAAAUGAUACAUUUGAUAUAAAUCAAUCAAAAUUAUAUACAAAUAAAAAUUCAAAUGUUUUAUUUCUACCAAAAACUAAUAAUAUUCCACCAAGUUUUUCAGCAUAUUCUGAUGGACUUAUAUCAGAAAAUCCAGUUUUAACAAGUGAUACAGAAAAUAGUGAAGAAGAAGAAGAAGAAGAAGAACGUAAUUCAGAACUACGAAAACAGAAACCAAAUCAACUACCUGAAAUCACUAUUAUUCCACCGGAAGACGAUGUCCUACAUCUUGUUUAA